AUGCCUGGUCCCAAAUAUCGCGUCGUUGGGGUCAAGUACCGUUCCAGCAUCGAUGGAAAAAGCACCCGCCUGUCGAGAACCGAUAUCAACGACCUCUAUCACAGCACGUCGACUAGCUCUCAAUCCCAGUCCCAGUCCCAGUCCACCCCACCUUCGCUGCCUUCUCCGUCUUUGAUAUCUGAUGAUAGCGACAUGGAACGAUUUGAUUAUACUAACUGGGAUCUAGCAACCACAGCUAUUAAUGGCUCCGCUACGGCGCCUGGCGAAAAGCCCAUCUCGCCUAUCCCCAGCACCUCCAGCAAGGCUGCGUCACCAUAUGUCGAACGAAGCAACCCAAUGGGCGGUUCUAGCAAUGCUCAAACCGUGAGCUCCAAGGACCCCAAAGCCGUUGCACAAGCUGCCACAGACAUGCGCAAUGUCGUUCGCCGUAAAUUGACCGGUUACGUCGGAUUUGCCAAUCUACCCAAUCAGUGGCACCGCAAGAGUGUCCGCAAGGGAUUCAACUUCAAUGUCAUGGUUGUUGGUGAAUCUGGUCUCGGAAAGUCAACAUUGAUCAACACUCUGUUUAACACUUCCCUCUACCCACCCAAGGAGCGCAAGGGACCUAGCCAUGAUAUCAUCCCCAAGACUGUCUCUAUCCAAUCAAUUAGUGCAGAUAUUGAAGAAAACGGAGUCCGUCUUCGGUUGACUGUUGUUGACACCCCAGGAUUUGGUGACUUUGUCAACAACGAUGACUCAUGGAGACCCAUUGUCGAAAAUAUCGAGCAGCGAUUUGACGCUUACCUUGAAGCCGAGAACAAGGUAAACCGCAUGAACAUUGUUGACAACCGCGUUCAUGCUUGUGUCUACUUUAUUCAGCCUACCGGCCACUCCCUGAAGCCUCUCGAUAUUGAGGUCAUGCGCCGUCUGCACACCAAGGUCAACUUGAUUCCCGUUAUCGCCAAGUCCGAUACCCUUACCGACGAGGAGAUUGCCCUAUUCAAACAGAGGAUCCUCGCCGAUAUCCAGUACCACUCCAUUCAGAUCUUUGAAGGUCCCCGCUACGAACUUGACGAUGAAGAGACCAUUGCUGAGAACCAGGAGAUCAUGUCAAAGGUUCCUUUCGCCAUUGUUGGUGCUAACGCCGAGGUCACCAGCCCUGAUGGACGUAAGGUCCGCGGUCGUCGGUACCCAUGGGGUGUCAUCGAGGUCGACAAUGAGGAACACUGUGACUUCGUCAAGCUGCGCCAGAUGCUUAUCCGCACACACAUGGAGGAACUCAAGGAACACACGAACAAUGUCUUGUAUGAGAACUACCGCUCCGACAAGCUUACCCAGAUGGGUGUUGCUCAAGACCCCAGCGUCUUCAAGGAGGUCAACCCGGCGGUCAAGCAGGAGGAGGAACGCGCCCUGCACGAGCAGAAGCUCGCUAAGAUGGAAACCGAAAUGAAGAUGGUCUUCGAGCAGAAGGUGCGCGAAAAGGAGAGCAAGCUGAAGCAAAGCGAAGACGAGCUGUAUGCUCGCCAUCGGGAGAUGAAAGAUCAACUGGAACGCCAGCGACAAGAUCUAGAAGAGAAGAAGGCUCGUCUCGAGAGUGGACGGCCUAUCGAAAAGGAGAGCAAGCGGAAGGGUUUCUCGCUCCGCUAG